AUGCGUCUCCACAGUGUCUUGUGCCUGAGAGCGAAGCAGAGCAUCUUGAGGACGACCACUAGGCGACAAGGCCUCAGGGAGCUGCCCAGGGUUCCCUUCCCCCCGUGUGGCAUCUGGCUGCUGUGUUUCCUGUUGGCCACCCUGUGCCUCCCCUGUACGGCCCCUGUGCCGGAGGUCUUCCGAGUCGGGGUGCUGGGCCCAUGGGCGUGUGACCCCAUCUUCGCCAAGGCCCACCCACGGGCAGCCGCCCAGAUCGCCGUCCAGCAGAUCAACGAGGACCCCAACUUGUCGCUGGGCACCAAGUUCGACUACGUCAUCCUGGAGGAAGACUGCAAGACCUCAACGGCGCUGAACCGGUUCCUGGGGCUCUACACACACGCCGCUGCCCUUCUAGGGCCCAUCAACCCGGGCUAUUGUGACACGGCCUCCCUGCUCUCCAAGACCUGGAACAAGGCCAUGUUCUCCUGGGGGUGCGUCAACCACGAGCUGGACAACAACAAGCGACACCCGACAUUCGCUCGCACCGUGCCGUCGCCGAUCCGGGUGCUGGUGGCCCUGGUGCGGAACUUUCGGUGGGCCAACAUCGCGAUUAUCGCGUCGGCUGAUGAUGUCUGGACAGAUACGGCCAAUAAAGUGGCUGAUGCGUUGAGGAACUAUGGAUUCCCUGUCAGGAUGGUGCUCUACACUGGCAACAAACCCAGCACUAUCCGCCACAUGCUGGCAAAAAUCAGGAAAAUGCCUGAAAUCCGCAUGGUGGUCCUCUGCAUGCACUCCGUUCUGAUUGGUGGAGAGGUUCAGAGGCUGGUGUUGGAGACUGCCAUGGAUAUGCAUCUGAUGGAGGGCUCACUGGUCUUCAUACCGUACGACACCCUCCUCUACAGCCUGCCCUAUCGGGGGGUCACGUACCCGCCCCUGCACAAGAACAGCAAGCUGCGCCGAGCCUACGACGCAGUGCUCACCGUAACCAUGGAGUCCGGGGCUGAGAACUCCUUCCAUCGGGCGUUCCAGGAAGCCAUGCGGACCAAUCAGCUGCCUUGGAACACCCAGCCUCUCCAGGUAUCUCCUCUGUUCGGCACCAUCUACAGCUCCAUCCUGUUUAUGGCGAGCGCCAUGCAGAACGUGCGUGACUCCAAAGCAUGGCUCACGGGCGCAUCCCUGGCGCGCCACAGCAAGAAUGUCCACUUCCACGGCUUCACCCACGCCAACCACACCACCCCCGUCCCCGGGAACUUCAGGCGUCGCAUCAUGGACUACGUGGUCCUCGACACGGAUGGCGUGUCAUGGGAGCUGACCCCCACCCACCAGGUGGAACUGGAGGUGGAGAUGGUGAGGGCAGUGGGGCGGCCCAUCCACUACCCCGCGGGGGUGCAGCCCAGGGCGGACAACAGCUGCUGGUUCACCAAAGGUGCCCCGCUCUGCACCAGGGGUGUGGAUCCAUUUUUGCUGUUGAAAAGUUUCAUGUACACUGUGCUGUCCAUCCUACUGUCUGUGGCGGUCUUUUACUUCAUAAGGCGGCGCAUCAACAAGAUUCGUCUCCUGAGGGGUCCCAACAAAAUCCUCCUCACCCUCGCUGACGUCACCUUCAUCAACCCGUCACUUAGCAACAAGAAAAUGAGUUUUAUGAGCAGCAAGGCGAGCGACAUGGCCAAGGGCGACGACGAGGAAGUUAAAACCCCCUCCUCCAUCUCCAGCAUCACCCCGGCAACGUACGAGAACUCCAACAUAGUCAUAUUCGAGGGAGACUGGGCGUGGCUGAAGAGACUCCCGUAUGGGAACUUUGGAGCCUUAAAUCCCCAGACCAGUGAUGUGUUUGAGCUGAUGAAGGACCUGCGGCACGAGAACAUCAACCCGUUCCAGGGCUACUUCCUGGACUGUGGGGUGUUUGCCAUCGUGACGGAGUUCUGCUCCAGGGGCAGCCUGCAGGACCUGCUGCGGGACCCGGACGUCAAGCUGGACUGGAUGUUCAAGUCCUCGCUGCUACUGGACCUCAUUAAGGGCAUGAAGUAUCUGCAUCAUCGUGGUGUGAUUCAUGGGCGGCUGAAGUCCACUAACUGUGUGGUGGACGGCCGCUUCGUACUGAAGGUCACUGACUACGGAGUCGCCGACGUCCGAGAGGCUCAGAAGUACCCCUACGAGGAACCCACGGCAGAGGAGCUGUUAUGGACGGCCCCUGAGCUGCUGCGGAGUACACAUCCCGGCACGGCCUGCUCCCGAGAAGGAGACGUCUACAGCCUCUCCAUCAUCAUGCAGGAGGUCAUACUCCGCAGACCCCCCUUCUUCAUGCUCAACCUAUCAGCAGAAGAGAUCAUCCAGAAAGUGAAGAAGCCUCCACCCCUUUGUCGGCCGAUAGUGACCCCUGACCACGCCCCUCUGGAGUGCAUACAGCUCAUCAAGCAAUGCUGGAAUGAGCAGCCAGAGAAACGGCCAGACUUCAACGAGAUAUUCGACCUGUUCAAAGACAUCAAUAAGGGCCGUCGGACCAACAUCAUCGACUCGAUGCUACGCAUGCUGGAGCAGUACUCGUCCAACCUGGAGGAGCUGAUCAAGGAGAGGACGGAGGAGCUGGAGAUCGAGAAGCAGAAGACAGAGAAGCUGCUCACCCAAAUGCUGCCACCGUCGGUGGCGGAGGCGUUGAAGGUGGGGGGUGCGGUGGAGCCGGAGCAUUUUGACAGCGUGUCACUGUACUUCAGUGACAUCGUGGGCUUCACCACCAUCUCGGCCAACAGCGAGCCCAUCGAGGUGGUCGACCUUCUCAACGACCUCUACACAGUGUUCGAUGCCAUCAUCGGAAACCACGAUGUGUACAAGGUGGAGACCAUAGGAGAUGCCUACAUGGUGGCGUCGGGGUUGCCCGUGCCCAAUGGCAACCGCCACGCGUCCGAGAUUGCCCACAUGGCACUGUACAUCCUCAGCGCCGUGGGCACGUUCAAAAUGAGACACAUGCCCGAGGUGCCCGUGCGGAUACGCAUCGGCUUGCACACAGGUCCGUGUGUGGCCGGUGUAGUCGGUCUUACCAUGCCACGCUACUGUCUCUUUGGAGACACGGUCACCACAGCUUCUGGAAUGGAAUCUUCUGGAAUGCCUUCCCGCAUCCAUGUGAGCCAGAGUUUUGUAAAUAUCCUGAUGGACCUCAAAGAGGGCUACAAGGUCCAACUCAGGCAGAGGACAGACAAGGCAAAGGGGGCUGAGGAUACCUACUUCCUGGUUGGCAAGGAGGGCUUCACCCAACCCCUGCCCAUACCGCCGGAGAUACACAACAAGCAAAUGGCCCAAAAGCUACAGAUGGAAGAGAUAGCACGACAUAAGAAGAAGAAAGCAGAAAGACUGGCUGCCGAGAGGGGAAAAAGGAGAAAAAAAGAUGAAAGACUUCAGCUGCCAGCUGUGCGACAAGUGGCCCAGCUUCAGAACACAGACUCUGACUACACCGUCAUGAUGCGUCAUCACGUUUGGAUCUCUUUCAUUGGCUAA